AUGGGCUCUGCCUUCUCCUCUGCCUCGAUCUUCGAGACCUAUCGGCCUCGCGAGUCUGAGAACUGGUGGCAGAUCUGCAGACCCCUCACUCUGUGGAUUGUGUCCAUCGUGGCGGCAACAGGCAUCUCGGUGCCGAUGUACACUGUCGGGGACUUCGUCCUGACCGAGGGCUCCUUCGGUUACGACACCCAGGUGAGUGACCCAGGGAUAUCGCAGCUCCAGCGCUGGCUCCAUGCGGCGCGCCUAACAAAGCACGACGUGGGCCUGGGCCUGUCGACAGAUCUGCCGGACACGUUGAACGACAAUGUCACCUGGCGUCGAGUGGCGCUCAUUUAUCAGUUGCCGGGGCAAGAUGCCGUCUCCGACGUUGGCCUGCAGCGAGCAAAGGCAGUGGAGGAUUCGCUGAGAUCCCUCGGAGGCUGGCAGAGGCUGUGUGGCGAGAUGCCAGCAAGUUAUCAGGGCCUAUGCCGGGAAGGAGACUCUCUGGUGUCUGCUUCCUUUGCCAUGCGGGGUCAGGUGUCUGCCUCGCAGGUGGCCCUGGGGGUCUCAGCCGAGCUGGCCCUUAAUGCGAACAGCAGCCAGGCGUCGAUCAAGAUGGAGACGCUGGCCAGGAUCAUGGAGGAGCAGGCGCCGGGCACACUGGAUCGAUGGCUGCCGAAAGACGAGUUCGGCAUGCACAGCUACUUCGCCUUUCGCUCCAGCUUUUCUUUCGCGCUGCGCGUGGAUUCCGCAGCUGCGAGCUGGGCGGAGCUCAUCCUCGAAGAGGUCGAGCCUCUGCUCUUGGACCUGGGUGUUCUGAGUGUAGCGAGGGAGGAGCAGGACGACCUGCGAGUGUACUUAGAGGCCGACAAUCUUCCGCAGAUCCAAGCCAACGAGCUGCGUCGGAGCAUGAGCGAGGAUCUUCCACUCCUUGUUUUUGGCCCGCUCAGUGCCUUCUUGGCCCUGCUGCUGCGUGGCCGGCUCCUCGUAGCGCUUACAGCAGCAGUGCUGGCAUUUGCGGUGCCAGUGAUUGCUUCACUUGGGAUUUUGGGACGCCGCGAUGAGCUUCUCGAGGGUGUGGAGGUCAGGAUAGUGGCCACAGCAGCAUGGUUUCUGGUUGCGGCAGGCGUCGCGGACCUCAGCGCAGCCUGUGCACACGCGAUGGAGGAGCGCCGGGAGAGUCUUCGAUUGAUGGCACCCCAGUGGCUGCUUGUAAGGCUGCUGUCCCAGUCAGCGGAGCAGUUGCAGGCUGCAUCUCCACCUAGUCUUUGGCGCCAGGUCGUGGCCUGCAUGCCCUUGGAGGAGUUGCGUGGCCAUUCAGCCCAGAUUCUGAAGAUGGUGCGCUUCGUUAUCGAGGCGUGGUCUUAUGCUGCUACUCCUCUCCAUGCAGGAAAGCCUGGAGUUGGUGGCAAAUUUCGGUGCCCAUGCAGGGAUGGGACUCAUUCUCUGCGCGCCACUGACGGCUUUCAUGGUGCCCGCGGCCGUCGAAGCUGGAGAUGCUAUUGCCGCGCGUGUCCAGGCCUGGCGCGAGGCCAGCGACCUCGAGCUUUCGGAUGCCCUCCAGACGGUCUUCGACAACACCUUCCCCUUUGA